UACCUGCCCACCUGCUCUCUCCUCUUCCCCUUCCUCCCCUCCCAGUACCAGAUCACAGUACUGGGAUCAUCCAGCCACACACGCCGGAGAGCUCCAGCGGGCGCGCCUGCCGUCCUCCUCUGCUGCAGCAGGGGGCGGCGGACUCGGCUCCAGCUCCUUCCCAGCCCCCAGUCCCCUGUCGCUGGCCGGCCACUAGGCCCUCACCAUACCACUAUACACUGCAGCUGCAGCAGUGCGAAGUACCUGAGCAUUCAACGAGAGAGCAUUCAAGGCCGGCCAAAUUUCCACUUCUCCGUUACUCCAUCCCACCUGCCCGUUGCUCUUCUCCUCCCCCUGGCACCCAGAUAUCAGGUCGCAGUGUGCUUCGAUCCCAUCGGGCCACGACGGAGAACUCCAACCUGCAGGCUGCACUCCUCCGCUGCGGGCCUACGGCAGCCGGCGGCGGAGCGGACUCUCCGACGGGCCACUAGGCCAUCACGAACUCUGAUGAUGAAAGCUGCAGAGUUUUUGUCCUGGUCGGACCUCCCUUCAGAGCUCCUAGGCCUUGUCCUUGAGCGCCUCCCCUCCCUAGCUGAUCGUGUUCGACUGAGAGCAGUCUGUCAGCCAUGGCGCUCCAAUGCUCGACUGCAAUCGCCAUCCCCUUCCCUCCCGUGGCUCAGCCUCCUUGAUGGGACCUUCAUGAGCAUCCCGGAUGGUAAAAUUAUCCGAAUGGCUGUACCAGAUAAUGCCCACUGCUAUGGUUCCAUUGACAACUGGCUCUUCCUAAUGCAAAUCGAUGGAGGGUGCUCAUUGAUGAAUCCUUUCUCAAAGGCCACACUGGACCUUCCUAAGCUAGCCACUGUUUGGUGCCGUGAUUGGUUGAAUUCAGACAACAGAUUUACUACGCUUUUCUAUAAGCUGGUGGUUCCCUCGCCCCUGGACUCACCAGAAUCCCUUGUCGCUGUGUUGAUCGUGGAUGAUGCUAAUUGCAGUACAGUUUGUAUUUGCCAGCCGCCAGUUGCUACCGACUUGUCCAGAGGAAGGGGCAUGCAACUCUCUUGGUCCCUGUUUGACGUCGCAUUCUUCAAUGGGAAGCUAUAUGGAAUUGCUUUUGGUAAGCUUGUUACCUUUGAGAUUGGUUAUGACCUUGGCAGUAAGCCGAAGAUCUCAGCCGCUGAAUGCAUAAUCAACUACAGGGAUGAUUUAUGGGACUUGCCCCAAUCCUUAUCCAUAGAGAAGUCAUAUAUGUCUAGGGAAUAUCUUGUUGAAUGUUGUGGUAGACUGUUGAAGGUUACACGCUUUAUUCAGAAUGACCAUCCCGGUCGCACAAGAUUUCUCUUGGAGCAUGAUCGCACUAUUGCAUUUAAUGUCUUUGAGGCAGACUUGAGCACCAAUCCUGGUCAGUGGAGACGGGUCAAUGACUUGGGCAGCCAGGCGCUCUUUGUUGGGCGACAUUGCUCUAAGUCUUUCCCUCCUGGAGAGUACAAUGGAAUUCAAGAGGAUUGCAUAUAUUUCAUGUGUGACUAUAUUUGGCCAGAUUAUGCUGUGGAUCCUCUUCGUGACUCUGGCGUGUACAACUUGAGAAAUGGGAUGAUCACUCCGUUGUUGUCACAGACCACAACAGUGCCACAGCAUCAUGGUGGCCAGUGGCGUCCAACAUGGUUCUUUCCUGCUGAUCCUGCUGAUUCUAUAUAGUCAAACCAGCUUAGCUUGGUUAGUGUAUUGGGAUUAUGUAACACUAUGUUGUUUGUGCUCUUAAAGAUUAUCUGAUGCCUACUUAGCACAUUAGUGUUUGAUUGUUGAACCAUAUUACCUAUUGUCUACUCAUCAAGACUCAUGUAUUAUGUGCACCAGCUAUAUAUGCUAGUCUUUCUUUCUGCUGAGUUGA